AUGGUUGCCAACAGAGCUAUACAUCGUUACUCGCCAAAGCCACAUCACGUGAUCCCGAUCAUCGCUAGUUUGUUGUUUCUCGUGUUGUAUCAGAGUGUAUUUACCAAGCUUGUCAACUUAGACAUCUCAACGUCUCCGGCAGAUGUUUCGGAAUACAAAACAAAAUUUACAUCGGGAAAGGUGAGGCGAAUUAACCAAGACCACAGCAAAACAAAUCUUGAUUCAAAAAGAAAAGUUGGAUUGGUUACAGAAACGGGAGCGAAAACGAAAACUAUGCGAAAGAUGGCUAGAUCGAAAACAAAACGUUUCUGGAUGCGGAAAAAUAAGACAUCAUUUGACACGCCUGAAUGGAGAAAAGAACUGAUGAAAAAUUAUGAAUGCCAACAAAGAAACCGAGAUAGAUUGAUGACUGCCCGACAAGCUUGCAUUGCCUACAAUUUACGACCAUCCAAACGACAAAGGCACAUCGGCAAAUACAUCGUUUCGAAGAAAUACAAGUUCAUGUUUGCGUUAACGCCUAAAGCAGCAUCGACAUCCUGGAAACACUUCUUGCGUAUAGUUGACCCUGCUUGCCGAGGGUCUGUAUAUGAUGGCGUGAAAUUAGACAGGCAAAUGUUAAGCAUAUCAAGUCAAGACGAAAAAGAAUACGUUCAUGCAGUGUUCUUUCGUGAACCACUGGAGAGACUGGUGUCUUUUUACUACAACAAUUUACACUAUUCUUCCCCACACUCGGGAAAUAAUAAAGAUUUUGAUGAUGAAAUAAAGAAAAUCGGAAUCCGUAACCACAGUGUGAUGCAUUUCAAAAGAAAAGGAUCCAUUUACAAUAUAACAUUUCCAGAAUUCGGACAGUUAGUUCUUUAUUACAGGGCAAAUGGCAGCGUUCCAAUAUCUGGUCAUGUCAGACACCAGCAUUUAGGAGCGAGUCUGUGUUCGCAUAUGUUUGACUUCAUUGGACACUUUGAGACGCUUGUUCAGGACGCCACCUGUUUUCUUGAAUUGAUUGGCGCUGCAGAUUUGUUUAGUUUUCCAGAAACUCACAUACCAAGAGGAAGCACAUUAUUUAAUGAUACACUGAAGAGCUUGCCGAGAAGCGUCUUAAAUGGCUUGAUUCAAUUAUACAAGAUUGAUUAUGAUAUACUAGGUUAUGCCGUUCCCAAGAUUUGGUCAACCGAAAAUAAUACCGCUGCCGUAUAG